CCGACGAUGGCGACCAUGGUAAAUGCGACCAAUUACAAUUUCCUAAAUUCCUCAGGUCCAUGUCCCAUGAGCUCCCAUCUUCUGGACAGAGAAUCAUAUUGCACACUUUCACCGCGAAAAAAAAAAACGAAUUUGUGACAAACAACAAAAGUCGGGGGGAAUUACGCAUAUAUGAAUGGAGAUGGAUCGGAAUCGGAAUGGGAAUCGGAGUACUGGCGAUAUGCAGACAUGGAUGGUGCUAAUUGCUGUGGCACUCGGUGGCGGAUGAACCGUUAAAUCGAAACUGGAGCACUGGCCCAAUAACGAUGAUGCACGCGGCCCACGGAUUAGCACCUUUCAACGAGCCACUACGGAUAGAUGUUCUAGAUACCCAAAACCCACCAUUAGCACCAUCGCAAGGCGGAGUUUUUCUGGACCAUCAUUUGGGACUCUUCGUUUAGUUGACGAUUAAACUCCGAGCCAACUGGCUGUGCGGUUUGUGCUCAAAACAAAAAGGAUUCGGAACCAUAAAAAUCACUUGCCAAACGGAUAAUGUCAUCCUACGAGGAGAUGUCCGCGAAGACGCCACGCCGUUUAUCGCCCAUUUGGAUUCUAGUGAUCACCCUGCUUCUAUUUGCGACCACUCUAACGGCGGUGUCUAUGAUCGAAGCUGGACGGGCUCAGAGCUCCGGUGGAGAGGGCGAUCUCCUGAUCCUUACCCGCAUGUGGAACCACUUCAGAGCUAGUGCCGGAAAUGAUACGGAAAUCGCCACCGUGGAACGCAUUGCCAGGGAGGCCGGAAAUGCCACUAAUCCGAAUCCAUCUCAACCGGAACAAGGCAGAAACUUCUACGAGGAGCAGCAGGCGGUGGUAGUGAAUGCGGAAAGUAUGGAUCCUGUAAUGGGCCUACGGCAAGAUGCCUACGGUCCACCGCAGAGCAGAGAGGACUCCUACGAGCAGGAUCCCUACUACGAUGUAGCCGAUGACUAUGGCCCAGGUCGAUAUCCAUAUCCAGAGUCCAAGCAGCAGGAGCCUGCGGAGGAGGAUCGCUUCUACGAUAAGGACGACCCGUCGACGGAUUCGGACGAGGGAAGGGCGUCGCAGGCCCGACCCUAUGAUUCCUUCUACUCGCCCUGGUCUACUGGGAGAAAUCCAGCUCCAGUUGCUACUCAUCCCGCAGCGGAGGGCAACAACAGGAAGCUCCAGACACCGCCCAAUAGAUCCCCUUAUCCCGCCUACGAUGAGGUGUACGAUUAUCCCAUGGGCUUCCAGCCUCGUCCUCAUGCGGAAUCUGAGCUGGCCAAGCAAUCUCAGCCCGCCUCCCAUAAUGCAGUGGCUGAGGUCCAAGGUGAAUCCACUCUGGUUACCGUGCUGAAGAGUCUCAAGCAGAUCUGGGAUCUGUACCAGGCCCUUAUGGGUGCCUGGAACGCAGUGAGCGAACGCCAUCAGCAGAGUACGGAGAAGUUCCGCCAGGAGCAGGCGGCUAAGCAGGCCGAGAAGGAUCGACUGCGUCAGCAGGAGCAGCAGCAGCAGCAGAAGACGAGGAUCAACUCAAAGAAACCACCACGAAUGGAGGGAAACAAAAAGAACCCGAACAAGAAGCCCACGACAACGACAACUAAGUCGACAACCACGACCACGACGACAUCUGCUCCAGAUAGCUCAGAGGAGGAGGAGGAGGAGGAGGAAGUGGAGCAGCCGGAGAAGAAGGUGGAGAAAGUUGAGACAGUGACACCAUCGGCUCUGUCCACCAAAGUGGUCACUGGCAAGGGCGAGAAGGGCAAUCUGAGAUCAGUGCGUGGAUUGCGCCACAGACGGGAUGCCGAAGCGGAGGAGAAAGCCGACUCCGAUGUUGGUGAGGGGCGCUAUAUCAAGGGCGAUCCCCUCAAGGGAUACUACGAUUUCGUCAUCACGGAAGGCUCCUACAAGUUCUGGGCCGUAUUUCAGGUGGGCACAGCACUGCUGAUUAUCUACUCGACGUUCGCUGCCAUUUACUACUCCAAGGUAAAUCCACUGACCAGCGACUACGACUAUACGGAUUAUCUCGGCGGAGUUCGGUCUCUGUCCGGGGGCGAUGCCGAUUUUGUGGACGACGGAGAUGCAUCGACUCCGCCAGUUUCCACCACCUUCCGCAUCAUGGAGUGGCUGCCACGGACGGCGCACUCCAUCAAGUUCAUCCUGGAUGCCAUCGACAAGGUGCCACUGGAUCAUGAAAAGGACAAGGAGCCCGGCUGGUCCACGGGGAAACCGGACACGGCGACGGUCAUGAGAUAGGGAACUGAAUACUAUAUGCGAUAUUUGUUAAAGAAAAUAUAAUAAUGUUGAAGAUAAA